AUGGACAACCAGUUGGUAGGAACAGCAAAGAGUUUGGUUCGUACAAACAGAGGUAAAGAUAAUCGUUCAAAGCUGACUAUGUCGCAUGCAGCUGGCAGCAAGAGUUAUGCUCGUGUGGGGCAUGAACUGGCCGAGCAACAAGGACGCCCUGCGAGAAGAGAUGAAAUAUAUGUUAGAACACACACGCGUAAGAACAAAGAAGGGGAUAUUGUGCCUCUACCUGGAGCAGAAAUAUUCAUUAAUAAAUUUGAAGAAGCUGUUGCUGAGAACCCAGAACUGAAGGACAGAAGUAUUGAAGAUGGUGAUUUAUAUGCACAUGUUUUUGGAGAGAAAGAACCAAGAGGUCGUAUUCGUGGUUUAGGCUUAGGACCAACUCCACAAGAUGUAGGCACCCCUGGAACUCAAAUGAAAAUAUCAACAAAGCUUCAAAUGGCUUUGCAAGCUCGCUGUCAGUCUGAGCAAGAGGAAGAGGAGCUGGAAGCAAGGAUCAGAUUGCUUGAAGUGUGA